AUGGACGUCGAGGAGAUGGCGACGAGGGGCAAGCAUGCCAACAAACUGAAAAAGAGGGUCUCGCGAAAGUACAACCCCGCGCUGAACCCCUACAACCAGUGGACCUGGCGGUUCCUCCCGGGCCUCCUGCUCGGCUACGGCCUCGCGCGGUGGCUGGACCUCAUGGGCCGCAGCCGCAGGAACACGAAGACGCGCAGCGGCGCCCCACGGCCGGCGUCGGCUGCCCAGGCCGCGGGCGCGGCGGCGCAGACGCGCGAACAUGAGGCGGUGCAGGAGCCCGACGAGGAGCUCAAGAUGGUGCUCGUGGUCAACGAGGAGCUCAAAAUGGGCAAGGGCAAGAUCGCGGCGCAGUGCGCGCACGCGGCGGUGGGCGCGGUGUCGGAGAUGUCGGCGGCGGGGAGGCGGGGCGCGGAGACGCUGGCGCAGUGGGAGAUGUGCGGGCAACCCAAGAUCGCUCUCCGGAUUCCGUCCGGACCCGAGCUGAACGCGCUGGCGCUCAAGGCGCGCAACGCGGGCUGCCCGAUUUACGUCGUGCAGGAUGCCGGGCGCACGCAGGUGGCGCCGGGCUCCCGCACCGUGCUGGCGAUCGGGCCUGCGGCAAAGUCUCUUGUCGACAGCGUGUCGGGGGGGCUCAAGCUGCUGUGA